CUCGCUGACCGCCUGGAAAUAGUUGACUUGGACACAAACAACCUGGCCCUAGUGCCUUUAGCCUGACAAGGCCCGUCUUCGACUGAGGCAGCAUCAGCGCCGCGCUUGCUGGUGGCCAGUCUGCGCAACCAUUUCACGCCUGCCUGGCAAGCGCUAUUGACUCUAGAUUGCUUAGACCUACUGCUUUGGUCAUCCGCCGGACGAGUGCAGAGCGAGGGAGAGCGAGGACGCGCGGCUUACAACCGACUGCCCAAGUGAGACCGGGCUUGACCGGGGGGGCUGCUCCCGCGCUGUUCGUCCUCUCGGGCUGCUUCCUGGCACGUUGGGUCCUAUGUAUGCAUCUUUGAAGCCGUGGGUGCUUUACCGCGUGCUGCGCUGGGGCGGCAGCGAGCUCCACUUGAACACUCGGUUGCUCAUGGAAGCGCUUGAAGCGGCCCCGUACUUCGUCAACGAAGGCGGAGGCGCUUCCGAUCGUGCACGAGCCAUGAGUGAGGAAGUUCGUAACCUCAAGCGUCGCCGCAGCGACGAGGGGGAGGGCGCCGAGGACGAGGCUCCUGCCACAGAUGUGGGCGCUGAUGCUGUCGCCGUGGCUGAGCCCGAGGCCGAGGCUGUGGACGCUGGCGUAGCGCCUGCACAGGAGGAGGCGCCUCCUGCAGCUGAUGACGACGCUGGUGCCGCGGCUGCUGCCGAGGCUGCUGCUGCCCCGGUAGAGGACAGUGCCCCCGCCGUCGACGCGGCCGCCGCUGCUGCCGUCGAGGCCGCUGAGGCCCAGGCUGCUGCUGAAGCCGUUGCUGAGGCCGCUGCUGUGGUUGAGGCCCCCAAGGCUGAAGAGCAGGCCGUGCCCGCGGCGGUGCCUCAGGCCGCCGAUGCCUACUACAAGACCGAGGCCGCGCAGCCGCAGCAGGCCGCCUACGACGCCAACGACUAUAACAAGGUCGCGGCGGCCAUGCAGCAGCAACAGGCCGCUGCUCAGCAGGCUGCUCUGCAGCAGCAGCAGGCCCAGCAGGCGGCCGCUGCUCAGCAGGCCGCUGCUCAACAGGCCGCUGCCCAGCAGGCCGCUGCCCAGCAGGCGGCUGCCCAACAGGCAGCUGCGCAGCAGGCUGCGGCCCAGCAGGCUGCGGCCCAGCAAGCGGCAGCGGCUCAGCAGGCCGCCGCCCAGCAGCAGCAGGCGGCGGCCAUGGGCUCCUACAACGUGAACCAGCUGGCAGGCCUGAGCGUUAACCAGCUGGCCCAGAUGGGCGUCAGCAUGAACCAGCUGGCGGCCCUGGGCGGUAAUGCCGCCGCGGACCUGAACCAGCAGGUGCUCCUUGCCCAGCAGCGCCAGUACGAGCUGGCGCUCAAGAUGCACCAGCAGCAGGCGGCGCAGCAGGCGGCGCAGCGGCAACAACAGCAACAACAGCAGGCUGCCGCGAUGGCCAAGGCCUCUGGUGCCUCUGGCCGCAAGUCGGCCCCCGCUUCGUACGAGCCGCCGGUGUCGCUGAGCGCCUCUGGUCGCCCGCAGCGCGCCCGCCGCGUCAACUAUGCCGAGCUCGCCGGUGCCACGAAUGAGGAGGAGGAGGAGGACGACCAGGCCAACCUGGUGCCCAACUGGGCUCGCCGCCGGCGGAAGAACCAGGACCAGGACCGCGACUACGGCCCGGGCAUCGGCAGCAGCGCGCGCGCCAGUGCCAAUGCCGCCCAGGCAGCCAACGCCAACCUGUACGGCAUGGGCGCCAACGCCUACGGCCAGGCUGGCGCUCGCGGCGCCGCCCCGGUUUCUGCCGGCGUGGCCAACCUGUAUGGCCUGGCGGGCCAGCAGGGCAUGCGCGCCGCGGGUGCCGGCGCCGGCGUGGCCGGCCUGCAGGCCGCCAACCUGGCGGCCGUGAACAACGCCGCGCUGGCGGGCCAGGUCAACUGGCAGAACCAGGCGGCGUGGGGCCAGGCGGCGGGCAUGAACCAGGCGUACGCGGCGCUGGCGGCGGCUCAGCAGCGGCCACAGAUGGCGGCAGCGCAGCAGUACAUGCUGCAGCCCAAUGCCGCGCGCACGAUGCAGGACAUGCAGCAGCUGAUGAUGCGGGGAGUGGACGGCCAGGGCGGCCUGCCCGGCCAGCAGCGGUAGACGGCGUGCCGCUGCUUGUCUUUCACCGUGUCAAUAACAUCGAAGUGCCAGGUGCACGAACGCGUGGUGAUGAGCCUUUCUGCUACUGACGCAAUGAGGUGAAGGCGGAGGGUACGAUGACCGGUCAGCUCACUACUAAAGCGUGUGCCCACAGGCAAACACUGCACAUGAAUCCCUGAGACUCCUGAUUUAACACGAUGUGAUUGAUUUACGGGGCGCACUACUUUGAUGCGGACGUGAUAGGUGUCUCGUGCGUGCCCUCUCAAACAUGGUACAGAUCGGACCAAGCUCAUACGAGCAUGCCUGCUGACUCCUGACCGAACCGCUUUAGUUUGAUACAUUGAUUUUUUGAGCGGCGGCUGAUACGCUACGUGCACCUACUGCACGGACUUGUAACAAGACUCAAAUCG